AUGAAGGCUCUCCUUCCUUUGGGGCUUCUCCUGCUCUCUGUCACUGUCCAGGGCAAGGUCUUUGAACGGUGUGAGUUGGCCAGAACUCUAAAACACGCUGGAAUGGAUGGCUACAAGGGAAUCAGCCUGGCAAACUGGGUGUGUUUGGCCCGAUGGGAAAGUAAUUACAACACUCGUGCUACCAACUUCAAUAGCGGAGACCAAAGCACGGAUUAUGGAAUAUUUCAGAUCAACAGCCGCUACUGGUGCAAUGAUGGCAAAACCCCCAGUGCAGUUAAUGGCUGUGGCAUAUCCUGUGACGUUUUACUCCGAGAUGACAUCUCUCAAGCCAUACAGUGUGCAAAAAGAGUUGUGAGGGCCCCGCAGGGCAUCAGAGCAUGGGUGGCGUGGAGAGACCAUUGUCAAGGCCGGGACCUCACCGAAUAUGUCAGGGGUUGUGGGGUGUAA